UCACACGGUUCUAAAUGUAACGAUAAUAACGAUUUGGAGGGAAAUAAAAGCGACUCACAGUAACUACCUCACUUUUCCAAUUCUCUCUCACUUGUUCUCUCUGUCUUUCUCAGAAACUCUCUCUCUCUCUCUCUCUCUCUCUCACUCUCUCUCUCUCUGAAAUGGGAAUCAACAAACUAGAGGAUCUAAAAUGGCACGAACAUGACAUCGCCAUACCGAAGCUAUCAACAAAUCAAGCGGAAUUCCUAUUUCGGUUCUACAGAGAUCUUGAACGGGUCCGAAUUGACACCCUGUCUUGUUUCGGCAAUGUCAUCUCAUGCAUUCAGCGAUUUUCAAAUGAGAGAGUCGCUGUCAAGAUUCUCCCCAUUCCUCAAGACCAGAUCAUCAACGGAAUCCCUUCCUCCAUUUUGAAUCACGCCUCUAUCCUUAAAGAUUUGGACCAUCCCAAUAUCGUCAGGCUACUUCAAGUUGUGGCUACUGAGGAAGAUGUGUAUCUUGUUUUUGAGAAUGUUAACCUAAAUCUUGAAAGAUACAUCACCAAUCCCAUGCUUAGCAUUGACACACUUGAAAGAUCUGUUCUACGUCAAGCUCUUUCUGGACUGGCAUACCUCCAUUCUCACAACAUUGUACACGCAGAUAUCGAUCCUUUUAGCAUUCUCUUUAAAUACACCCUAGAGGAACCUCCUGUAGUGAAGUUAUGUGGUAUUCGUGCACCCAAAACUUCUACUAGUCAGGGUCAUCCUUCCUAUAAAGCACCUGAACUUUUGAUGGGCUCCACCAAUUACUCGACCGCAAUUGAUAUCUGGUCUAUGGGCUGCAUGUUUGCUCACAUCAUUAAGCGCCGACCUCUGUUCAAUGCUAUAGAGGAGCAUAGGGUAUUGGCUGAGAUAUUUUGUUUGUUAGGUACGCCAACAGAAGAAACUUGGCCCGGCGUGUCUUCUAUAUGCAAAUUUAUUCAAGCAUUUAACCCUCCAAUACAGCCAAAGGACCUAGCUGAAGAGUUCCCUACCCUUGAACCUGUUGGUCUUGAUCUUCUUUCGAAAAUGCUUUGCCUGUGCCCAAAUAGCAGGAUUUCAGCUUAUGAAGCUCUUGACCAUCCGUAUCUUCGACAUUGACCACCCAUGAUGAAGCUCUUGCUUUGACUACUAGCUCUUCCUUUGUGUACUUUUAACAGAACAAUCUUAUAGAAUAGGUAUCCUACUGGUAUACGACGCACUUACGGUAUAGGAAAUGUAAAAACCAUUGAUUUUUAGUAAUUCCUUGAUCUUUCCUGGA